CAUUCAGAGCCUAUUUUAAAUGCUAGCUUAAUUAUCUCCUUCAAGUUUUCAUUAUCAUUAACCAAUAUUGCUUCCAGCUGUAACAACUAACAACACAUUUUUUUGUUUAAAACCCUGAAUUUUUUUUCACCCACUUUUUUUUAUCAUAAAUAUGGCUUUGAUCAAUAUUCCCACUGAUCACAUUAAGCUUAGGAAAACGCUUUCGAUCGAGAAAAAAUCAUCAUUGAUGCUCAAAGAUUACCUCAGAGACGAUUUGAGUUCGUGCUCUUCUAGUGGCUUCAAGUCGUUUCCACGUCGCCAGUGUUGUACCACUGUCAGGUUUCUUCUCGAGGUCGACUUGAAGAAAUCAAAAGAUGAUUACUUAAGCAUUACCAAACGACUUCUGAAAAACAGAAGUCGUUCGAAGCGAGGUUCCACCACCAUUUCAGCUCUGCAAAGAGCUUCAGAGGCUGUUCUUAACGCCGUCAAGCUAUUGCCUUUUCCUUCCAUCAAGUCGUCUCCACCGUCGUUGAAAAGUAACAGUUCGAGGAAAGGACAUAUACACAGGAGUUUUUCUAGGAAGCUCUUCCAAAGAAGCUUUUGGAGAAAUGCCGACAAGGAUGAUCAUGGUGAGAUCAUACGCUGGAAAUUGUUUCGUGAAUUUCUUGAAGAGAAAAAUCAACCGUUUGAUCAGAUUACUAUUACCAACGUCAACACCACCGACACUUCUUCUACGACCAUUACUACCAGUAGGGUCUCUACGAGCACAAGCAGCAACAGUAACUGUUGGGCUGAAAGUGAAUUUACGGCGAACAGUUUACCGUCUUCGAACGGUAAUUCCGAGAGCUCAAGUGGAAACGACGACGUUCAAGGUAAAACAGAUUUACCCGAGAAGCCAAAAGUCAGCAAUACAGUAGGCGUAACAGUCGGUGAGGAUUCCAUCAACUUCACAAAGAAACAGGAUUGCCCAAACGAAGAAGGAAAGGAACAGUUUAGUCCAGCGUCUGUUCUAGAUUGCCCCUUCGAUGAUGAUGAAGAAGACAAUAGCUCUCCGGUCGAAGAUCACUUGGCCUCUGUGGAAGGAACAAAACAAAAGCUCACGCAAAAGAUUCGAAGGUUUGAGAGCCUGGCUCAGCUGGAACCAGUAGACUUGGAGAAACGAAUUGCAAUGGCAGAGCUUGAAGAUGAAUCACUUGAAUCCCACAACGAACUCUGCUCAGUUUCCGUCAACAACCAAGGUAACAUAUCCGAUGAAGAAAAGCAUGAAAAAGAUAGAGAAGCAAAUAAGAAAUUACUUAUGCUAUUGAAAGCGAAAAUCCCAUCAGAACGUUUAAAGUUUAAGGCUGAUAAUCUAUUGUUAGAUGUCUUUAGGGAGAGAUUAAUGGUGGAAAACAAUGCUAAACUACUUUUUGAUAUGGGACUUGAAGGGUUUGAGCCCGACUUACUGAAAGUGGCAGAGGAUUGGGUUAAUGGGAAUCCUCAGGAAUUGGUUAUAGGAUGGGAGGUGCGGGAAGGUAGAAAACAGUAUGUUAAAGAAAUGGAGAGAAAUGAAAACUGGAAAAGCUUCAAUGAAGAAAAGAAAGAGGUGAUAUCAGCGGUAGAGCUUGAGGUUUUCAGUUUCCUGGUGGAUGAGUUAUUAACUGAUCUCUUUUGACAUUUUUUCAUUCAUUUGUGUUUGAGACUUUGAGUUCUAUAUCAUGGGAGAAAAAAAAAAAAAAAAGGGGGCAUAAUAAGGUCUAAGACAUGACUCAAGGUAGUUUUCGUCAUUUGGUAGCUGCGAUCGAGGAUUUGGCUUCGAAUGACUAAAGCCACCUUGAAGAAGGUAAUUAGAAAGGUGUUUUGAUUCUUUUGAUUCUCCCCUUUUCUCUUUUCCCUGGAGAAAAGAUUGUGAAAAAAUUUCGGAAAUUUCGGGGAACAACCGGUUCUCUCUUUCCCUUUUUCUUUUCUCUGUAG